GUCAGAGACUACAUACAUACUACAGGAGACGGUCAGAGACUGCGGGCAUACGACAGGAGACGGUCAGAGACUGCGGGCAUACUACAGGAGACGGUCAGAGACUGCAGGCAUACUACAGGAGAUGGUCAGAGACUGCAGGCAUACCAUAGGAGACGGUCAGAGACUGCAAACACAAUAGAGGAAAUGAUCAUAGACUGUAGACAUGGUUCAGAAGAGGGUCAGAGAAUACGGACAUACUACAAGAGACGGUCAGAGUCUGCGGACAUACUACAGGAGAGGGUCAAAGAUCGCAAGCGUACCACAAGAGAAUGUAGAUGUCAG